GCAUAUUUCCGGAAAGUUAGAAAUAAGCUACUAGGCAGAGGUUGCUGGAGCCUUGCAGUGUCUUACAGUGCAUUAAUCAAAGUAGAGAGUUUGGGUGGAACAGCCCCCCUCUCUUGCCCACCUCCACCCCACAGGUUGCUGCUGAGCUGCUUGAAGUGCAAAGGAAAUACCUUUAAUUUAUUGACUCUUUUGGGGUCUUGCAAGGCAAAGGCCUGGAGGAAUGUCUCAUCCAAAGCAGCUAAGAGAUGAGAGUGACUUUGACCAGCUUCCAGAUGAUGUACCUGUUUCUGCAAAUAUUGCAGAUAUUGAAGAGAAGAGAGGUUUCUCCAGUUAUUAUGUAUUUGUGAUUGAGGUGAAAACAAAAGGCAAGAACAGAUACAUGAUAUUUCGGCGCUACAGCCAGUUCUACAGCUUGCAUGCCAAACUGGAAGAAAGAUAUGGUGCAGAAAGUAAAAAUAGCAGCUUUACCUGCAUACUUCCUACACUUCCAGGAAAAGUUUAUGUUGGUGCAAAGAAGGAGAUUGCAGACAGCCGAAUCCCGAUACUCAACAUAUAUAUGAAGAAGCUGCUUAGCUUGCCAGCCUGUGUGUUGCUAGAUGAAGAUAUCCGCUUAUUUUUCUGUCAGUCAAAGUUUGACAGUGAACAGAUACCUCAAGGACUGAGAAGGCUACGCCCUCGCACUCGCCGUGUAAAGAGUGUGAGUCCUCAAGAACCAGGGUUUGACAGAUUGGCAGCUCCACGAGUGGAGGCGCUGUUUGAUUUUACUGCCUCCAAUAAGCUGGAAUUGAGCUUCAAGAAAGGAGACUUGAUCUAUUUACUCAGCAGGAUCAAUAAAGAUUGGUUUGAGGGAACUCUUCGAGAUGCUACUGGAAUUUUUCCGUGUGACUUUGUGUCAGUCAUUAAAGAUCUCCCUCAGGAAGAGGAUCCAAUCAACUGGCUGCGCUGCUAUUACCAUGAUGACAAUGUUAGCUCUAUCAGGGAUAUAUCAGUCGAAGAGGACUUGAGCAGCAUCCCGUUGUUCCAAGACCUAAUGGAAUUAAUCAGGCGUGAAUUUGAGCGGAAUGAUAUCGCUCUGAAUUACCGUGACGCUGAGGGGGAUCUGAUCCGUCUGCUAUCUGAUGAGGAUGUUGCACUUAUGGUGAUGCAGGGCAGAAGUUGGCCUUUUGAGAAACAUAUCUUCCCGUGGAAAUUGCAUGUUACCAGAGAAGCUGAUUACAGCAUUUACCACUCAACAAAACCUGUCGUUUCCACAUAAAAACCACUAAAAAACAUUCAUAAGGGAACUUGAUGUUUUGGCAGAAAGCAAUAAUAAUUAACUGAUUAGACUAGUGUGGAAUCGACCCAUUAAAAAAAAUAUUCUGUACUACUUCAUAAAAUGCUUUUUUUCUCCUUAAAAUUAUGAAGCAUGGCUAGGAGUCCUUACAAUUUAUAGACAUUACGAGAUUUCGUUGUACUAAAUUACCUGUUUUAGUAGUUUGCAUAUUAAAUGCUUGAUUUAGAAAAAAAUGCUUAUUUUUUAUUUACUACUAGCUGAUAACCCAGCGUUGCCCGGGUAUUUAUUUAUCUCAAUCCUGUAUUAGACAGGAAGAGCAACUUCACCCUGAGCCCUGAUUUCGACGAGAAUUAAAUUAGUUAAAAUGUUUUCUCUGUGUCCCCAGAAACAUCAAGUAAAAUGAUAUCAGCUUGUUGUUUUGCUAAUUGAUCCAAGAUCAUUUGGUAUGCUUUUUUCUGAUCUUGAUUUAGAAGGUGGCUUCUUUUCCAUAAUAUAUGAACUAAGCUGUUCAACAUUGUAGUUCUUUUCUUGUAUGUAAUCUGCAUGAAGUACAUCGUGCUGGUGUCGUAGUUGUGCAGGCAGGCCAAGUUGCAGUAAUGUUUUAUUGAUCAUGGCCAUACAUUUGUCCUCAAGAAUAACCAUUGUUAAAAUGGUUAUUGUUGAAAAUGUCCAGAAAAAAUGUAAUUUCUAAUGUUGGAUUUUCCCACUUACCAGAGGGAGCUCCCUUGUCGAGUAUGUGAAGCCGUUACCAUGGCAACUCCACUGUGCUGUCCAGUAGAAGCCAUUUUAAGGCAGUCCAGUAAAAGUCAUUUUAAGGCACAACAGGCUGUAACAGAACACACAUCCCAAGGGGUGUUAGGGGUGUCUUACCCCCACAGUAUUUCUUUCCAGAAAGUAAGCCAUCUGUGUACCAAGUUUGAUUGAAAUUGCUGGAGGCGUUCCAGAGUUAUGCUGGAAUGUACACACAUACAGAGCCAUUUUUAUAUAUAUAGAUUGAGCUGUUACAGAACUAACGUAUAUUAUUAGAAAUAUAGAAAUAAAAUAUUAAAAGACAUUCCUAACCCCGAUA